AUGGAUUACUUUAAAAAUUUAAAGAAUAGAAUAACGCCUCAAAAGACGCAGCCUACUCAUGCUGAGCAGUUAGCAAAAUUUCGUAAGUCUUGGAAAUAUAUCGAGGCUCAUUUCAAUAAUGACGAUAAGAAACCUCCCGCAAGUCAUGUCCUCCAAACCGAAAUUCCUGAUCAUCUCAAGACCAUGGUGGACCUCCUUGCUGACGAAGGCUUAAUGCUUGAAGAUGUAAACACAGGUCUUUGCAUGGAAGAAUUCUUGAAAAAUAACGUUCUUAGAGAAUUGGAAAAACUUGCUGAAAAUGAUAUUCCGAAGGGUAUUCGUGGUGAAAUUAUUCGUACUGUGGCUCAAAUGAUCAAUUUAUUGGAUGAUCGAUUUUUGGUCCAUAAUGCAGUUCAUCAACCUACCGUACAACUUUUGCGUACGUGUGUUCACGAUGAAGGUGAAAAAUACGACGAAGAUUUGGUAGAUUUAAUGUACAUUAUUUGUUCAAAAAUUCAUGCAUUCCCCGCACUUUUGAAUAUUUUUUUCCAUGAUACCCAUUGGCUACAUACCCCACAAAAGGCAAAUUUAAAGAAAGAAACUGGCCAAGCAAGCUUCUCAUCAAAUAGUAGCCAGGAUGGAAAUUUUGAUGAUGGUGCUUCAAUAUCAACUAACGUAACUACAUCAGCUACAAAAACUACAGAGUUUACGGAGGAAACUGAAAAACCAGUAUAUGAAUUUUUACUUUUUACAUACCUAUUACAAUUUCUUCAUAGAGAAGGUAAGAGUGGCGAAAUCGCCAGAUAUGGACUUCUUUUCAUUAUAGAACUUGCUGAGGGUCCAUUAGGUGAUUUCAUUCUUGAAAGUGAUUUCGCUACAAUUAUGGCUGCAGGAUUGGGUGCUCUUUAUUCUCAAUUGCCUCGAAAAUUGAUGGUUAAGAGUUCAAGUGGUGGCUUAACGAAUGCCACUUUGUUAGGAUUUGGUGAUAACACUAGCGCAGAGUUAGAACGAUUACGUUCCGGUGGAAUCGAGGUUUCUUCAUCGACUGUUUUUAAAAGUCAAUUAGAUUCAUUCUUAAAGUUAUUAGAAUUCUGUCAAGAUGUGUUAAAUGAAUGUCCCAACUUGAAUAUUUCUAGAGAAUUACUUAAAAACGUAAAAACAAAUUUCCUUGAAAACAUUUUAUAUCCAUCAAUUAUGGAAUGUUCCGAUUCCGAUGGCUCAGCUGUUGCUGUAAUUUCUUAUAUUGACAUUAUUAUGCAAACAUUGGAUCAAGAAGAAUUGGUGGACGUAGUAGUAGGGUUCUUAAUGGAUUCUGAUGGUGACGAUGAAGAAUUUUGGAAACAAACAGUAACGACAAACAAAAUGUUAAAACGUCAAAGUACAAUUAAUCUGUUCGAAGGCAUUGAAAAUAACCCAAUUAAAUCAUCUCCUUAUUUUACUGCCACUGGUCGAUUUACUCUUAAAGAUCUUAUUUUUUCGCGCCUUCGCUCCUCUUCACAACAGACUGUUAUUGCAACUCUAAAACUGCUUCAUACUGUAAUCUCUAAACAUUGCAGGUAUUCUUUGAAAUUAUUAAAUAUCGAACUGGAUGAAAAUGCUACGUGCUUCCCAAAACCAAAUUAUUUAAUUGAAGAUCUAUUUAAUGUUGAACAACACGAGUUAGACCUUUUCUUUUCUCUAAUUUCUGCUAUUGAUCCAACACAGAACAUGGAAAUAUUUACUAAUGGUUAUGAUUCUUAUGUUCGUGAUGCUGAAAUGAUUAUAGAGGCAGAUCGAUGUUAUAUUAAUGGUCAGGAUAUGGAAUGGACGGAAGAAGGUCCUGUCAAACCAAAAUCAAAUAAAUCGAAUAAGCAAAGGUUGACUUAUAGUCAUGGAAAGAAAUGUGGAUCCAAAGGCAUGUCUGCAGUACCGAAGCAUCGUUUGAAUCCUACAGAUCGUAAUCCAGGCGAUUCACUUUUACAAAUUCUUCUUGGCACUCUUUCUAAUUUUUUUGCACAUUCACCCGAGUUAAAUUUAACUUUAACUGGUGUAUUGUCUGCUUUAGCUGUUUGUCCUUAUAGAUCAUUAGAAGGUUGGCUUGUAUUUAGUGGCAUUGAUAGGUUAGAUAAUCAUCGUGAUUAUUCAAUGAAAGGUUUUGAAAACCUUCAUCAUGAAACGAGAAAUUUAGAAAUAUUAUCACCUGGUAUUAAUAAUCACGAAGGUCACGCCAAUUCCGACAGUACCGAUAAAGCUAUCAAUGACUUUGAUGAAGCAGAUGAUCGUUCCAUUGAUUAUGAUGUUGAUAAAAGUCCAUCUGCCGUUAAGGCAAUUGGCGCCACACCAAUGUGGACAAAUUUCCCACCAUUCUUCACUAUUUUCAAAACUCUAACGCAACAAGUUGAUUAUUAUCGUAGUGAAAUUGAUGGAUUUGAUCAAUAUCUUGAAGAAAGAAGGACCGGUUUACUGGAUGCAGAUGAUGGGAUUGAUGAAAAUUUCUUUAAACAACCCUCAUUCCUUCCUACACGUACUCCGGCCAGAAGAGGUAGCACCGCAGCAAAUCAUUCAUCAACACCGAGCCCUUCGGCAAAAACUCGUAGAAACACAUCUCAUUCUCCUUCUUCAGCUCAUCGAGAUCCUAGAAGGGCAAAUUCAUUAUCACGUGCGGAAUCGUCAUCACCCAUGGGAUCAUCCGCACCUCUAUCAUCUUUCUCUAAAUCACCAUCUGUGUCUUCAAAUAUCAUUACACCCCUCUCAACACAUUACAAGAAGACCGAAGAUAUCAGAAUUCUGCCACUAUUUCCAACUCAUUUCGAGGCUGUUAAAGAAUUAGUUGCGAUAGUACAAGUGAGAAGAAGUCUAGGUGUCGAUGAAGUUAGAUAUUUGUAA